CUGAUGGAGAGAAGAUGCCCACUGCCAUCAUCCCCGUGUAGUGCAGGAGAGCUACAAACCGGUCCUAUUUACCGCAGACACCACAGACUCUGUUGUCUCUCAGCUCAGCUGCAUGUUGUAGUCUGACACAAGAAGCCCGAUGUCUGUGGCAAAUGCGAAACACACUGUCCUGAAUCCGGUGAUCCCAUACACAGGGCCCAUACCUGGAGGCCUGCACCCAGGGGAGAUCAUCAUCAUCCAGGGCACUGUGCCCCCAGAUGCUGACAGGUUUCAGAUCGACCUGUCGAACGGCUGCAGCACCAAGCCGCGCUCUGACGUCGCCCUCCACUUCAGCCCUCGCUUCAAAGGCUCGCCCUGUGUGGUGUGUAACACCCUGCUGCAUGAGAGCUGGGGCAAAGAGGAAACGCUCCAUCAGCUGCCCUACAAACGCGGAGCUCCCUUCGAGACCAUCAUCCUGGUGCACGAAGACGUCUUCAAGGUGGCAGUAAAUGGCACCCACCUGCUGGAAUACAAGCACAAAAUCCCACUGAACAGGGUCGACACGUUUUCUAUUUCUGGGAAAGUCAGGGUGCACGCUAUUGGCUACAUCCCAAACUCAGCAAUAUAUUCAGAAUCAGGUGACUUGAGCCUCCCUUACAAAGGCAGUAUACUCAAAGGACUGAGCCCCGGACAGCACAUCACAAUCAAAGGACAGGUCAACAUGUAUCCCCACAGCUUUACAGUGAACCUCCGCAACAGCAGGACAGAGAACAUCGCUCUCCAUCUGAACCCUCGCAUGAAGUCCGGUUUGUUCAUCAGGAACUCGUACCUGAGUGAAUCCUGGGGUCAGGAGGAGCGGGAGCUGCCCUUCUUUCCCUUCUCGUCAGGGGAGUACUUUGAGAUUCUCAUCCUGUGUCAGCCUCAUCAGUUCAAGCUGGCAGUGAAUGGCUCACAUCUGUUUGAGUUCAGACAUCGGGUGCAAGACCUGAGCAGCAUUGACCAGUUGGAGAUUAUGGGGGACCUGGAGCUCAAUGACGUGAAACUGUGGUGACCUGGGACUGUCAACUUACACGGAAACCAGCGUUACAGACACUGUUGUGUUCUGGUUAUCGAUGCUAAAUUAGCUUACCCACGCUGACCCAGACAAUGGAUGCUGAAAACGGCAAACUGCGCUGAGGUCAGGUCUGGUUAGUCUUGCAGCAACCACAGGUCACUGAUUUUAAGCUAGUUUAGCAUUUUUGGUGACUAAGGACCAUGGACAGGCCCUGCCAUGGAGUAUUAAUGGUCCAUGUUUCCAGCUCUGGUUAGACAAGUGAUGCAUGAGUGUAGGCUGUGCUGGAGCAUCAGGCUGUGAGCCACCAUGACUGUUUACAGCUACAAGUUAGGUUUGCCUUGGUUCAUUUCUUCUACUGUCUCUAGUGCAUCUCUGCUGUGAUGCGCCCUUAGUGCACUGUAUAAAUAAAACAGGAAAUAUGUGUAAAUCUUAAAAAGCACUUGGCUUUGUUUGAACGCCAAGACAGUCAGCAAAUACAAACAGUGGCUCAAACUGAAGGGCUCCAGUAUUUUGGAGCAAGGCCCAAUAACGACUAAUUUAUUGUACAGCUAAUUUAAAAAGCUUUGAAACAUUUCUCAUCAUUACUAAAUAAUUAGUACUAUUUUUUAAUUAAAACAUUUAAUGUGGGUUCAAAAUUAUUUUCAUUUGCAAUUUUUUUUAAAAUUAUUUUUCACUUUUUAAUUUAAUUUAAUUUAAUAGGAUAUGCCUACUUUUUAGUUUAUAAAUUCAGUCUGCUAUAAGGUCGUAAUCCUCAAGAUUCUUUAACACAUGACAGCGUCCCAUGCACUUGACAUUUCCAUUAACUUAACAUGUAAUGGUGCAGCAGAACUCAAGCACAGUGCAGUACAGGGUCUGUUUAAAAUAUUAACUAUUUCAAUAACCUAACGAAUGACAUUUUGCAAUCUUUAUGCAAGCUGUAGAAUAUAGUAGAAUCCUGCAUCUGUGACCAUCUCUUGUCUCAAUGCUCUCCCACUCAGUGCUGCAAGAAAAAAAAAUCUGGAAUAUUUCUUUUCCAAUGUCAAUGUUUUUUUUUUGCAUUGUCUGUUGUAAUUGUUGUAAAAUACGUAUGAAAAAUCCUCCCUAUGUAUCAUAAAUGAUUUAAUAACAAAUAAAUGUGUUACUAUUAUCAUUGUGCAUCAACUGCAUUAGUAUAUUUUUGGCCACUAGAGGGCAGCGUAACAGGUUGUAAAUAAAACAGUGAGAUAGCCUCACAUUAACAUUUAUAGGCUUAAUGUGUUGGUAAGAAGUGGCUAGUUUACAUAUCCAGCAGACGACAAGCAAUCUUAGCAUUCAUUUGGUGUCAUGUCAGUGUCUUUCUGAUGAAUGUGAGUCUAAUAUUCACUGUCCUAUCUAUUUUGCCCUCCAGCGACUCCAGAGACAAAACUAUUGGGUC